AUGGAUGUGCUAUUGUGCGCCGUUCCAUCCGCUCCCAGUUCGUCAUUGCUCUCUCACCCGCUCCUCGUACCCACUCCUCUCCCCUCCAAGCUCAGCGCGUUCGUGGAGCUGCAAGGGCGACUCGUGGAGACGGAUAGCAAGCUGAAGCAGGUGCUAGGGCAGGAGAAGGUGUGCGAGGUGGACGUUUUCACGGCCAGAACGACCCUGGACGAGCUUCAAGAGCUGUCCGCAGAGACGAAUGUGUAUCAAAGCAUUGGAAGAGCGUUUGUGCUGCAGCCACUAGAAGAGGCGAGGGCAACGGAGGAAGGCAAGAUCAAAGAGGCCGAGGCCACCAUUGCGUCCCUGCAGGGGUCAAAGAAGUAUCUGGAGAAGCAGAUGAGGGAGGUGCAGAGCAAUUUCAAGGAGCUCAUGGAGCAACUGCCCGCCUCCAUCCCUGGUUUAACACAAGCCAUCAAUGGCUGA